AUGAUGAAAUUUUUAAUUUCCUUUGCUCUCUUGGUUAUCAGUCGCGUCAAUCUCACUGUAGCCACCGAUGACACGCCACUUCCUCCACCUCCACCAGAGCCGAGCGCUCACAACGCUCUGAAGCUUGAGGGUGUUAAUUACGACAAAGUUAUACCCUCAGUGGAGAAGCGGUUCAGGGUUAUUAUGAGCCUGAUGCGUGGUGACGGUUUAAAGGUUGAUUUGCUUGGAAAAGUCGAAGAAGCUUUUACUCUCCUUAUUAACCAGUCACUUGAAAAAUGGACCGAAGUGCUGCCAGCCGAAUAUCAGGAUCGGUUCCUUAGAUAUCCGGUUCGGUCCGUUCCAUCUAUUCCAGCAGGUUCUCAAAUGCAAAGCUACACGAGCGCAGAGCAGGCUAGGGCCGUACGCAAUAAUUUACAAGAAGCUGGAAAAUGUUUCCACAUUCUGUUAAACCUUCUUUUCGGGGAUUAUUCUAAGCUUAUAUCUCCUAAAUCUACGGAAGUUGGGGCAACUAAACCAGACCAGUCUGGAAAUGAUCCAAAUGCUGCUGGACGUGUGGCAGCAGCCACGAAAGAUUCGCAGGAUGUAGCAGAGAGCAUGUCGUUGGAAGAUUUGUUUUUGAAUUUGAGAUUUGCGUUCCCGUCAUUCGCCGAUGAUAUCUAUCAGCUGCACGGUUUAAUAGCCAACAAAGAGAACGGCAGCCAAGAGGAAAAGGAUGCGAUAGCUCAGGAUAUUAGGAACUGGUUGAAGGAGCACAUGCCUGAAAUUGAGGCAAACAAGAAUCUAGAUGGCGUCAAAAUUCAGCAACAGUUGACUAAAAUAAUCCAUAAUGAACAUCAUCUUGCGGACGCCAUAGUGGCUUUCAAGGCCUAUAACAUGGCGGACAAAAACUUGACAUCGUCAGUUGAGAAGUGCAAGAAGAUGAACUCUGCGAGCUUCGGCACUAUCGGCCUGCUCUUUGCGGCUGUUAUCGCCUUCACCAUGUGCUGA